AUGGAGAAAGACCGAGAGGGGGAAAGGAAGCGAGGCGACGCGCCGGGCGCUCAGUGCCACCGCCCGCAGUUUCCCCUUUGGGCUUGGGAGCUCAGCUCAGCUCACUGCGCCACUGCCGCGGACCCACACCCAAUACGAUCAACCAAAGAAAAGAAGCAGCUUGGGGUCCGUCCGUCUCUCCACUCUGCACGGCGGCGGCGGCGGCGAUUCAUGGACGCGGGCGAGCUCUUCAACCCAGACCGCGGCGGGGCGCACGGCGCCGGCUGCGACUGCGGGGACUGCGAGGAGUGGAGGCGCCACUGCUACUGGAACCACGACCACGGCGACGGCGGCACCAAGCAGUUCCUCCUCUUCGCCUCCGACGACAAAGAUAAUCUGUGCAUACCGCGGGAGGUCACAAGCCAGCUGACAGAUCUGAUUCCCGACUCCGAGCCUAUCAAACUUGAAACUCCUGAUGGCCGCACAUACAGUGUCGAAUUCGCCAAGUAUGUCCUCAUAAUUCUUACGACUGGGUGGCGGGACUUUGUGGAAGCAAAUCACAUACAACAAGGUGACCCCAUGCUGUUCGUCUAUGGUGGGAAUUCAACCUUUAAGGUUCACAUAUUCAAUUCACCCGGCCGCAACAAGUUUUUGUCCUCUUCUGAACCACCUUGUGAUCAUCAUGUGCCGAGUGAACAAGUGGUGCCUCAUCCUGAACAUGUUGAUAGCUCAGCCCACUUUGGCUAUACCAUGUUGCCCGGGAGCUUUGUAACCAAAGCACAAGAUGAUAAAUUGCUAGAAUGGGCUAAUACCAUCAAGUCUGGAUUUCCUCUUUUUGUGGCAGCCAUGGACGAGAGCAAUGUCAGCUUGAACGACUGCCAUGUUUACAUACCGUUGUGGCUCGUGGGGCAGUUCAAAGAGGAGGUGGUCAAGAUUGUAGCCCCUGACAAGAGUACAUACGUUGUUGGAGCAAAGAAGCACAAUGAUGAUCAAAUCGUACUCCAAUCUGGGUGGGAUAGGUUUGUGACUGAUCAGCGCAUACAACAGAAUGACUUCCUCAUUUUCAUAAUUGAGGGGGGGACUCGCCUCAAAGUUCUCGUCCUUGACCCAAGCGGUAGUGAGAAAACUUUUGCCAUGGGAAACUCUUCCAAAGUCCAAGAAAAGCCACCACUCCCACCUACAGUUACUAACCUGAGUUCUGAGGACAAUGAAGUUGCUGACCUGAGUUCUGACGAUGAAGUUAUUGACCCGAGUUGUGACGAUGAUGAAGUUGUGGGAAAAGACACCACAGCGUCAAGGAGGGAGCAGCCGCUACGAAGUUGUCGUGCAAAAGCUGAAACGAUGGCUUCAACAUCCUGCCCUUCUACUAAAUCAGGGCGCAAAGCUGGCAACUCGAAUGAAGCCGGUUUAAAAGCUCCUAUGCCCAACAAGUCAUACAUAUUAUCCGAAGGGGCGAGCCUAAAUAAGCAACAGGAGGAGAAAGUUAAGGAGAAGGUCCGGGCGAUUGGAUCUGAUUUCCCUGUGUUUGUGAGGGUGAUGACGGUGCACGCUGUCUGGAGGCCAAUACAGCUGAGAUUCUGCGUGGAAUAUGGUUCAGCAUGUCCUCUCCCGCUCCAACAAACACCUCUCCUACUUGGGAUAGAGGGUAGCGAUAUGCAGUGGCCUAGCAUGCUGGUGGUCAAAAAGUAUAAGAAGGGGUGGUGGAUUUCCUCGUUCUGGAGCGACCUUGUCUUGGAGGCCGGCAUGGAGGCGGGAGACAUCUGCCUCGUCGAACUGGCAGACAGGAGCAGCGAGAGGCUCAGGAUGACGGUCCAUCUGAUCCGCAAGUCAGAAAUGCAGCUCUAGUUAGUGUGUGUGCGGUCUGUAGUAUGAUGGCUUCAAACUCAGCUGAUUAUGCCUUCCCAUGACCUGAUGUUAAGCAAACUCUCUACCAAGUAUGUAAUGCAAUCUGGGGAAACACUGAACCCUCCUUGACCCACAUGUACUACUGCUGCUGCCUCUGCUGCUGCUGAUUGUU